GGCGCGAAUUACUGCAAACAAAAUGGCUGCCCCCGUGAGGACGUUGUGCUGUUCAGGUGAGGCAGAGGUUAUUCACUCAGUCUGUAGAGUUUGAACCUUCAUGAAACAUUUAAAGUUGAAUUAUAAGUUUGUGAACACCUCUUUGCACCGGUCGCUUUUUCUGAUGUUGUUUUUUGUUUAAUUAACGCUCGAAAACGAAGCAUGGGCUCCGAAGCUAAUGCUAACACCACUCGAUAAACAUGUCAAGAAGGGUAUUUAUUGUCAUUUUUGUGAAAGAUUUGACUAGUAAACUCACCCGAAACACAGAGGGAGAAUGAAGUGCAUCAUAAGUGGUCUCAAAUAUUAACUGUGGACAAGUAUCUGUCUAUAAAAUCAUAAUAAUGUGGUGAAUGACUUGUCUUUUGCCUUUAGAUGAUAUAAAUGUGGUUUUGUUUGCUUUAUUUGUGUCCCAGUAUUGAGGUUCUCCAGCAGACAGUUCAGCACCACAUGUGGAGUACAAGGUGGAAAAAAAUGGAGACAAGAGUAAGUAGACAGGGUGGGUUUGGUUUCUAGGUGGUAGAUGUCUUUAUUAUGAGAUGCACCUAAACUUUAAAUGCACUAAAACAGACAAAAACAGCUUCAACUUUGAUGUUGUGCCGUUUGUCUACUCUAUUGGAAAUGUUUCAUGUAGUCAGAAAAAGUAACAUAGAUUAAAAAAGAGGCAUAAAAGAGUGAAAUCAAGAAGUAUCACCUUUAUUUCAGACCUCGGGCCAGUCCAUUACGGACUACAGCGGGUUGACGCAGCUCAAGGAAGAACAUUGAUGAUAAUUUCUUUAUCAUUUCCUUGACCUGGUUGUUCUUCUGCCUUAGCGUCUCGGUCUGAUUGCAUUUCCAUGAAGAAAUUAUCAUAAAUGUUCUUCCUUGAGCUGUGUCACCCCGCAGCACUCCAUAAUGGACUGGCCUGAGGUCUCACUACAAACAAGCGGCAGUUGGAAGAGAGUAGGUGAGUUGUGAUUAGUCUCUUUGAUAAAGAAAUUAGGCAAAGUUAAAAAAAUGUUUAGUGGCUAGUACUAUGGUUGGGACCAUAUAUGUACUGUUGAUGAAGUUAGGUGCUGUUCUGAGCAUUAUUUGUGUCUAUAAAGUUGCGUUUUGGUUGAGGUUUGUUUAUGGCUCCUCAGACCGCUGUGUAUUGCUAUCGUGCGGUCGUUACUAAAGUUGGUAUAACUAGAGAAGCAAGCGGUUGGCAACAUUCAUCUCUCGACGGGGUGCCUAACUCGGUGUUGUGGUGUGUUUGACCCUAAAUUAAUUUCGCGCCGGAAUAUCCCUUGAGCAAUAUCAGGACAGAAAACUACCAAACUAAAAUAAUAUCUACAAAAAUCACUGAUAUUCAACAUAAAUCUGUGUGUAGAAUAUGAAAAGUGUAAUGGGUUUUUACUAAACCAUAUGUUAGUAACUCACAUAAGUGUGCUGCGUAAAAUUGACCUCCUUUAACAGCUUAUAUUCAGGUGCCAUUUCCUCCAUGGUCAUUGUCAUUGCGAGAUCUCUCAUAUUUGUUGCCUCUGUGUUUGUUUGCAGACAUGGACUCGCCCGCAGUGGUACAGAAUACGGCCCUCUGACUGAUCUGCCUGACUGGUCUUAUGCAGGUACUGAAUUUCACUUCAAUAAAGUUGUUGUUGUUCUUCUUCUUCUUCUUUUUAAUGUCAUAUUCAUCGGAAGUCAUACUAUGUACAUUGCCAGCCACAUCUGUUGUCACGUUUUUAUUUCGGCACAGAUGGAAGACCAGCGCCUCCACUGAAAGGACAAAUAAGAAGAAAGCAGGAGAGAGAAGCUAUAGCUGUGAGGAUUGACACUUUCUUCUUUUGUCUGUGACUGUUUUUCUCUUUUUACUCCAUUCUGCUUGACUCGUCUGUUACCCUUUUCUCACAGAGGCGUAUCGUGAUGCUGAACUCGGAGGUGGACAAAGGGAUGGAGAUGUGGAGGGAGAGACAGGAGGAGGCUAGACGAACAGAGGAGCACGAAAAGUCACUUUUACUGAAGCCUAAAGGGAGGCUGCUAAUGGAUAAAAAAUCUCAAAGUUAGACCAUUUUUUACUUUCCGUAGAUGUCUGCAAUAAAUGUUUGUUUUCUUUGGAUUUA